AUGGACUCCUCGGCCAGUCAAUGGCUGGCAGAACUCGAGAACGAUGAUCUUGGAGGACUGGAGUUCAUCGACCCGCUGAGCAUGCAGCAGCUUGCGGAAUCCCUGGCCAACGAGCUCUGGAACGAGCCUCGGGCUCCUCAAGAGCAGCAGCAAGAACAAAACUAUCAACCGCAGCAAUGCACUCCACCGCCGAAAGGCUUCGCGUUCGUGGGCGACCUCAACCUCAACACUGCCAACGGCCGCUGUCCAACUCCUGUUGUCAGUGCAGGCGGCAUCGACAACAUGUUCUCCUUCACUGCCGGCGGCUUGUCGGCCCCACUGAACUUCACGGCACAAGAGGAAACAGGGCAAGCAGAGAGCGUCGCCACCGGCAGCACCGUUGGGAAAUGCUGCUCGUCAUCGACGACGGAGAAGAAAAGCGGCGGCCGGAAGCCGAGCUCGAGCGUGAAGGAGCACGUCAUCGCCGAGAGGAAGCGGCGGGAGAAGAUGCACCACCAGUUCGCAACGCUCGCGUCCAUCAUCCCCGACAUCACCAAGACAGACAAGGUGUCCGUCUUGGGCAGCACCAUCGAGUACCUGCACCACCUGAGGAACAGGCUCAGGACACUGCAAGAGCAGCAGCACCAACAGGGCAGCAGCACCGCGGAGUCCCCCACCACGUUGAACGCACGCCGCUGCUGCAUCGCCUCCGAGGGCGACGGCGCGGCGAGCCCGAAGAUCGAGGCGGACGUGCAAGGGACGACGGUUCUUCUGAGGGUGGUGUGCCGGAAGAAGAAGGGGGUGCUGAUCAUGGUGCUCACGGAGCUGGAGAAGCACCGCCUGUCCAUCAUCAACACCAACGUUGUGCCGUUCGCAAAGUCAUCACUGAACAUCACUAUCACGGCACAGAUUGAAGACGGAUCUUCUACCACAGUUGAACUUGUGAAUAAUCUAAAUUCAGCUCUCAAAAAGUUUUAG